AGCGCCCUAAAAGAGGAAGGUCCGGUGGAAACAAAGGUGGCUUCUCCCUUUAUGUUUACGGACACGGGGGAUAAGCGACAUCUGAACGCGUUACAGUGGCCUGCUGUGUGAGCGCACACGAUAUCAUUCAUGGCGCAACUGGAGCAGCUCGACUUCUCCGAGGCCGAGAUCGAGGCCCAGCUGAAGGCACUUGGGUACACGGGGGUCCCGGCGCGCUGCCUGCGGAACUUCAAACGCGAUCUGGAUCAGCUCAUUCUGCACGAGAGAUCAUCCACAGACCACACGUGGGGGCACGAGGACUCGUCCAGCCCCUCGCAGCUCCACAGCCGCACGUCUCCCAGACAUGCUGAGCAGUAUGAUGCAGCCUUCAUCAGGAGGCAGGUUUCUUCGGCAGGACAACUUUCUGGGCAGGUCCACGCAGGUGUUCUCUACUCGCAGAUGCCGCACUGUCCGUCUGCUGAAGACGAUGAUGGCAAUGACCCUGAACAGCCCGAGGAGAGUGACCAUUACACUCGCUACUCUGCGGCACCUUCCACUGGGAUGCUACGGUCAGGAGGCAUCGGCACCGAGAGCCGUCAUUCUCUAAGCUCCCCAAGCCCUGAAAGAGAGAGAGCAGCUUCCAGGAGCCUCGUGUUUAAGAGGAAGUUUGUGAGGAAACAAAGUGCUCGGUCUCCUGUGUGCAAUGAGUCGACUCGCACUGAAGAGCAUGUGAGCCAGCUGGAGGAGCAGCUCGAAAGACUGCAGGUCUCCGUAGAUCUCGACUCUGAGCUGCAUAGUGAGAGUGAUGGAGUCCCCAGCUGGGACGCUGCCUUGUCUUCGGGCUGUCCUCACAGGGACACUUACAGAUCACACCACAGGAAUGACAUCCCAACUCAGCCAAAAUCCUUCAUCCAUCCGCAGUUCCACCAUCCACACAGCAAAAACUGGAAGAAAACUGAUCCAGUUACCAGGUACUUCCAGUACAGGCAGCACUGGGAUAUGUUCAAGGUGCCCGGGGAAAAUAAGUGGAUGGAGCUGCGCAGGGAAAUCCGGGAACAGAUGACUUACAGCAGCCAGCCUCUGCCUAAUGUUAAGCGAACAUCUCGAACUGUGCCAAAAACAAGUGUCGUCCCAACAGAGAAGAAGCGGCUUGCACUACGAUGGAAGGUGCGGCACGACCUGGCGAAUGGAAUAAUGCCAGCAAAAUUUACAUAUCCCUUCUAGGGAGGAGGGGGAGAUCAUUAAACUGUUUCAAACUAA